AUGCCUCCAGACAGCCUAGCAUACCUGGAAGAACAGGCGCAAGUCGCGCGCACCCGCCGUGAGGAGCGAGAGCUUGCGAAGCAGAAUAAGAUCAUCAUGAAGGAGCUCGGCCUCAAGAAGGCAGGGCUGCACCCAACCCUUGUGAAGCGCCGACACAUUAUCAACGCGGUCACUGUGCCGUUUCCGGUGGAUGGCGACCGUCAGAACAAGUGGGAGAAACGCGUCAAGCGAAGGAUCUGUCAGCUCUACCAAUACGUCCAAAGGAGAGCUACGAGGGAAGUUGUCGUCCGCCAAGAGGCCCAGGAGGGCGAAUCAUCCGCCGACCCGACCAAAACGCCACCGCUGAUCGUGGGCGAGCAGAUACGGAGAUAUGACCACAAAGCCAUUGCGAGGACUUUCUUCGGCCCUUUCAACCUGAAGAGUGGACAGAUUGACCCCUUCCGCCUGGAUCCACGCACCAGCGUCCACCAAGUCUACUUGUCUUUCCCUGACGGAGAGCGCUAUCACCCGACUUUCCUCGUCUGCCCGUCGAUUCAAGAGCGUGCUAAUCUCGAGACCCCUACCAUGGCGUUCGACAUGGCUGCUCAGAUCGCACAGAUUCCAUCGUCCGUCCCUGAAAGCAUCAAAAAGACCGUCGUCGACGCCAUCGAGACCACCGAUCUGCGGAGGAAGCCGUCCAGUCUUCAAUGCAUGGCCCGUAUCAGAACGGCCUCCCUGACUGACGACGGGAAGGCUUCAAUGACCGAUAUUUUGCAUGUCUUGGCUCACGCCCAUUGGAUUUUUGAGCACGAGGGCACAUAUACGCGCUUUUAUCGGCAGAUUCGGUCCAUGGGACUUGAGGAUGUCGUUGACUAUCAAUUCAACUGGGGCAAUAUCAGGGAUAACACCGUCCUUGAUGAACGUGGACGAGAGCUAAGAAUUACCACCAAUGUUCCUAAAAGAAAGCCCAGACUCUCGGUGAGAAAGGCGUUGAAGGAGAUACUUGAAAGUCUGCGAUAG